AUGAAGGAGGUCUGUGACGCGCAAGAGGGAGGAAGCGGUCGCCCUCGAGUGAGUCGGUUGCUUGAGAAGAGGAGGGAGAAGAACCAAAUCCUGCCCAAGUCACUCCUCAUCCUCCGAUCUCCCGAGUCAUCUGCACCAGUGUCCCAUCUUUUGACUCCUCGCACAAGUCCAGAGGCAGAGGAGGGAGGAGACGACGUCCUCACGCCUCUUGCUUGCGACAAGUACUUGCAGCAGAGAGCGAGGAGAGAGCGAGCGAAGAAAGAAGUUCUACACAAGACCAUCUGCAUCAGACAGCAACAGAGGGACAGCAACGCGCCUAUGCUCCUCACCAAGCCUCAAAAAGCCACCAACAUCACCAACACCUCCCUCUCCUCGUUCCUUACGUCUUCUUCUGUAGCUGCCACCACUCGUUCUCCUUCCAAGCCAGACAAGGCAGCAGAAGGCAUGGUCUCCUCGAGCAAGGCAGCAGAAGGCAUGGUCUCCUCGAGCAAGGCAGCAGAAGGCAUGGUCUCCUCGAGCAAGGCAGCAGAAGGCAUGGUCUCCUCGAGCAAGGCAGCAGAAGGCAUGGUCUCCUCGAGCAAGGCAGCAGAAGGCAUGGUCUCCUCGAGCAAGGCAGCAGAAGGCAUGGUCUCCUCGAGCAAGGCAGCAGAAGGCAUGGUCUCCUCGAACAAGGAGCAAGUGUUGGGAUCAGACAAGGUGAAGGCAGACGGGGACGUGAAGACCAAAACGAGACUUCUGCUGCUGAGCAGCGAAACCAACGAGCUCAACAUGUGCCAACCGCAACUGAAGAUCCGACAGAGUGAAGGCCUUCAGCCCAUCCAGACGUUCAGCUCGUGGAAGCCUCUUCCUCCUCCUCCUACGUCUUCCUCGUCAUGCUCGUGA